UGGACCCUGCGCGGCGCCCCCGAGCCCUUCCUAGGCCUCUUUGCGGCCCCGAGCCUUUCCUGCAGGGUUUAUGCACUAGUUCUUUUUUGGAGCUCUGUGCCGGAAGGGUAGGAGAGAAAGUAAAGCCGCCUGCAGCUAGCCUGCCUGCGCUUAGCCAUUGCUCCCUCCCCACCUCCAGUCACCUUCAGCUUUCCCUUACCUGCCUCCCGGCCUCCGCUGGUUUUCCUGGAACCGCGGGUGACCAGUCGGUUGCAAGGAACACUCAGGCUUCCCGCAGACUCUGACCUCAGUCAGACUCAGGCCUCCCGCCCGCUGCUAUCUGGCUAAAGUUUAUGCAUGGUGGCCUCUAAUUUUAAGAAGACAAACAUGGCAUCCAAUAGUCAGAGAAAAAGAAUGAGCCCUAAGCCUGAACUGACUGAAGAACAGAAACAGGAAAUCCGGGAAGCUUUUGAUCUCUUUGAUGCUGAUGGAACUGGAACUAUAGACGUCAAGGAACUAAAGGUUGCAAUGAGGGCCCUGGGCUUUGAACCCAAGAAAGAAGAAAUCAAGAAGAUGAUAAGUGAAAUUGAUAAGGAAGGGACAGGAAAAAUGAACUUUAGUGACUUUUUGACAGUGAUGACUCAGAAAAUGUCUGAGAAAGACACCAAAGAAGAAAUCCUGAAAGCUUUCAAGCUCUUCGAUGAUGAUGAGACUGGGAAAAUAUCAUUCAAAAAUCUGAAACGUGUGGCCAAGGAGUUAGGCGAGAACUUGACUGAUGAGGAGCUGCAGGAAAUGAUUGAUGAAGCUGAUCGAGAUGGAGAUGGCGAGGUCAAUGAGCAAGAGUUCCUGCGCAUCAUGAAGAAGACCAGUCUCUAUUAAGAUCAGUGCUUCUUUUUCUACUGCAAGCACAUGUGACUAGAUUUAGUGCCUGCCAUUUUGUGAAAUAUGGCUUUUGAGAACCCCCCUCCCCCAACCUCUGGGGUAACUAGCCGUGACCUUGAAUCUAUUUUUGACUUUUGGAAGUUUCUUUGAUAUUAAGUUCUUUGUACCUUUACCUGCUGAUUGAUUCAACAGGGCAACACAAGAGCACAUAGUGGGGAAAAGGGUCUGAGAGUGAGUGUAGCCACCCCGCCUUCUAUUACUUCACACUGCUCAUGCAUUCCACAUAGCUGCAAACAAACCAUGGCUUCUUAGAUGUCCAUGUACCCAUGUUACCAUAAGCAGUGGUUGUUCUAAAACUGUUCUAGUUUUUAGUAGACACCAGAGUGUAGUUUUUCCUCUCAUAAAACCUAAUGAAUGCUUGCUGUGGCAUUUGGAUGUAUGUCAAUGUAUUUGUUUUGUUUUAAAAAUAAAACCUUUCUUAAUUUAA